AUGUCUGGUGAUAGCAUAUCUGGGCGGAGGGAUACCGAUUACUCCCUGCUGCAAGUGCUUGACGAGUAUGUGAAGCAAGAUAACUGUCAUCCGAAAUUUGCCAAGUACUUCAGGGAAUACAUCACCGCGAAUUGGCCCGAUCCCUCACCGCCGGGAGCGCCAGAGGGCAGCGAGGAGUACGAGAAGUGGGUGAAUGAGUGGAACGAUUUCUUCGCCUACUGUGGCAGGAUACUGCGCAAUCCCGAACUCACCAAGUAUAACUUCGGUAGCAGCGUUCUCAGACAAAUCGAAAAGUACGACAUCUACGACGACUGGUUUCCGGAAGAGGGCUUCGGGCCAACAGGCAAAGAAUUUGACCCAAUUCCGGAGGAAUAUCGCAUCGGGUCUUCCAGGCCUGGGACUUCCGCCACGACCAGCUAUAUGACUCCUUCGACGCACGGGAGUCAGGCAAAUCGAGGCUCGAGACGCCUCGAGCCCAAACAGUCCGUGGGUUCAAGUGAUUCGAACGCAGAAACAACUCCUAUCAAUCUGGUGCCACCUUCUGCAAUGUCUUCAGGUCCUUCAGGAGAAGCUCCUGCGAGCAAACCUAUCACAAUGGACACGACUGGUGCUAAUUCCACAAUCAAGUCUUACGAUCAGUAUGGUAAGCAACAGCAGCCACUGGCAACACAUCUCCAGGCGAUGGUUGCCUACCUGGAAAACGGGGAGAGCCAUGACGCUGGCUUUUCGGAGCGAAUGAGCGACACUAUCGACUAUCUUCAGUGGUUGGGUUCCGGGAAGGAUGCACGGAACCAGCUGCAUAACGCAAGCGAGUUCACAAAGGCUGUCUAUAAGAAAGCAAUUGAGUUGAUCGACGCCCAUCUGAAGCGCGACAAGCAACGACGCAUAGCCACUCCGGUUGCAUUUACCGAGAGGCCAGUCAGCUUCGCUGCCACCAGAUCCUCACGCCUGAACCACCUCACCAACCCCCGUGACUUUCCAUUGCCCUCCAAGCGCGGCGUCCCGGACCACUCUCAGCUGCUACCCUACAACAUCACGCCAGCGCCAGAGAAAAGGCCCAUUCAGGGGGCCCUCCUUGAGCAUCCAGAGCAUUAUGCCCAGUUUCUGGAGGAUGAAGGAAAGCUCUGGCUCCCGUACUCGGAAGACCUUGAAAAGCUGAAUGACAUGGAAAUCCCCACCUCCGUGACCGCUGACGAGCUCGAAAACAACCUAGCGGUGAUAGAGUCCGACAUUUAUGUGCAAUACACCAAGGCCCAAGGAAACAGUGCGACAUGGGAGACGGGUGAUCCCAUCGGCUGGACGACCCACAGGACGGACGAAGCCGGAGUACGACACACAUAUAUCUCAACCGGAGAGGACCCCAAAACCGGGAAAGAAACGCUGAACCUGAUGGACCUCAGCGAUCCAAAAGACUGGGCCUCAGUGAGGGGUGUCAGGCGAGCUGGUUUGCAGUUGAUGCUUCGAAAUCUUCGAACUAAUGAAAACGACUUUGUCUACUAUGAUUCCGACAGCAAUGGGCAGAGAGCGAGGAGGCUCGUGUUGCCCAUUCCAGUCGCCACCAUCCGGAAGGUCAUGGAGAGAGCUAACGGGAAGCAAUGGAACCCCCCAACACUCUUUGACGAGAAGCCGUUGGUUUGGAGCCAUUGGGAGCCAUUCCGCUUCACCGACAGAUUCCAGGCGUACACUGAGGCCACCAAAGGAAUGAAGGCAGUGGCUUAUCAGACGGCCACAGAGCGCCAUCUGCGCGACAGGUCUUGGGUCUCAUUGCCCAAGAAUGUCAAGACUGGCGGCCCAUUUGUCUGGAGAGGACUGAGUCCCCAGGAACAGGCUGAAGAAGAUCUCCUGAAAAGGUGUCUUGCGAUCCGUGGUUAUGUCGCCAUGUGCUGGAACAGGGCCCCGCGACCGCUGCUGGCAAACAUGAUCCAGUUCCUGACAGCGGGGGACCCCAGCUCAGAUGCCUUCCCUGAGCCCGAGGAGCUGGGUAAGAUUGGCGAGAUUACCUUUGGCGAGUCAGACUACAGACAUACAGUCAUCGACGGGACACGCCAGCGAGCAGGCAUUCGCUUUAUCGACGAAGAGGAUAUCUGGUGGCUCAAGGUCCUGGGAAGCGGCUGCGUCAACAAGAAGUCCUGGCCGGGCAAGAUCUUCCCGGACGAGCCCAGGGAGACAUACCGUCUCUUCCGCAUCUUUGCCAAGAGGAUUCUCCGGCUUUUGGAGGAUCCCAACCCGGAAGGGAUUCUCUAUUCUUCUGCCAGCGUUGUGACGGUAGAGGACUUGCUCAAAGUCAUCAACGCCGGCGCCAACGGAAAGGCGGCCGUCAACAAGCACGAGUUCUCGCCGUACGAAGCCUGCCAACAUCUCGACCGCCUCGCCCAGACGGGCCACAUUGACUUUGAGCUCGACCCAGCCUGCUACGGCACAGUCCGGCGCCCCGCCUACGAUUUCUAUCCCGAGCACCGGAUAGUCUACGACGCGGCUGAGAAGAAAAGAGACACCCUCUUCCCCAGAAGCAUCCGUCCGUGGGCAGACGUGUGCCUCGAACCCUACUCGGGCAAGACCAAAAGUCCUCCUCGCGUCCUCUACGCAGUCGACAACUUUUACCGCAGCCUCGCCUACCGGUUGGGUUUCACCAUCUUCCACCUCCAAAAGAAGUCCGCGGCUCGAAAAAAGUCCCACAUGAGCGUGAGGAACGAGCAACCGGUCCAAUACGCCUGGCUGCACGACGCAAUCAAAAAGUUCAACGCCGUCUACGACGAAACGGUGGAGGAGGAGCUCAGAGCCCGCCCCAACCCCCCGGCCCCGUACGGACACACCUGGAGGGACAUCAAAGCCCUCGUUCAGGACACGGAGUUUGGCGAGGGCGGGCACACCAACCCUGCCAGCCACCCCAUCAUCCCUCACCGGGGCUACCUCAAGGACAACGCCUCCGCCAUCCAGCACCUCCGCAACAAGAUCAUCCAGGAGGUCAGCGCGAACAACACCCUCCUUGCGCCUGCCAGGGCCAAAACGGUGAUUAAUCUGUCGACUGGCUUGCCAGAGGUCAUCCUCACCCGGGGGGUGUCGUGGAAGUUUGGGUCGUUGGUUGCCAGGCAGGAGAACUUUAGGAGGCAGUUUUUCAGUCUCAACCGGUGGCCGCUCGUUCUCCAGAGCGAGAAGACGCAGGAGAAGAUCAAGAAUGACGAGUGGCACGCUGACGGGGUCGAUCCGAAGCAGGUGUUUGAUCACCAGGCUGCUGAUCCGAUCCACGCGUUCUUCAGCAGGGAGAAGCUGAGGCCGUAUGUGGAGGACCCGGUCAAGUAUAGGGCUGGGCCGGCGGUUUUCCCGGUGGGGGAUACGGCUUGGCAGAGGAAGAGGGUUGAGGAGCACAUGACUGCUUUGGUUUAUGAGUCUAUCGGCCUCAACGGAGCCGUUCCCAGAGGAGGCACCUUUAGGGAAAAGCUCAAGGACUUCUUCUUCAGGGAGCCGCUCCGGCCAUAUCUCAACGGCGCGGAGAAGCUGACCGAGUCCCAGCUGGAGGCCAGGUACGGCAAGCUGCCUGACGUGCCGCCGAACAGGGUGCCCAGGAGCUGGGCCACCGAGGUGCUGGUUGGUGAAAAGGUGGAGAACCGAAAGAGGAAGGUGGACGAGAUUUUGGAGGCGAAGAAGCAGGAAGAGGAGGCGAGGAAUCUGGCGAGGUACAAGAGAAGGAGGGUGGAUGAUCAGGUUGCUGGGACGAGGAUGACGGGGGGCGUUUACUAG